GCUUAAGAGAUCUAACUAUUUUACAUUUUCCUUGCUGCCAUGCAAAGUAUGCCAGCCUGUAUUCUGUAAGAAAAUAAUUUUAUGUUAAUAUGCACAUAGAUUAUGUAAUGUGCCCAGAAGAGUUUGUCCUUCUCAGGGGACUGUGCUCAGAACUUGGGACAUGGGAGGGAGUGGCAGAGUUGUUAAUACUUGCCUUCAACAGAUGUGCACUUGAAAGCCUGUUAGUGCUGGCUGUCUUUGCCUAAUUCUGGUAUGACCUGAAGAGUUUUGUUGCAUCUGGGAGAGAUCAGAGAUAGAAAAUACCUGUAGAACCAUGAGGAAAACUUUGCACAGGUAGUGUCUGUUGGCUGUGGGGACAAACCAGCUUCUUCUCAGGAGACAUGGCUGCUAUUACUCUAGUCCUUCUGCUUACUGAAGAUUGACGAGAGUAAAAGGGGCAGAAGGGAAGAUUGUUGUCUGUUGUGAGAAAUCACCCACUGUAUAGGGGAAAUGGAUGGAAUUGGAUUCUGUCAUCCUAAUGACAUCAUACAUCUCUCUACAGAUCUGCAGUCUGCCUUGUUAGCUUGUAAAGCAGUUUAGGAUUGUACAGUGGACCAAGUCAGAUCUGAAGGGGCAUGCAUUCUCUCCUUAGUUUAAUUUAAAAAACUUUGUAAAGUGAGGGAAAUGCAUUGGCCUCAAUGAGAUUGUGUAGCAGAUUGUCUGAUCAAAUAAAACUAGCUGUGCUCAUCACAAGGGAAAAGUCAGAAAUUAAAGACAUUAAGGUAUAGAUUGUUUGUAGUAUCUAAUGCCAGUUUAAGAACCCUCUGGAUAUAUCCCAAAAUUACAGGGGACUGUAGUGUCUAACUAGCUAUCCCUAGAUGAUAUCUGUCUGCAAAUAGGAAAUCAAAGUUGUGAAGAGCCAUGUAAAGUGCCUUUCAUCCUGUAGCAUUCAUCUUUUUAAUUGCUGGCCAGCCAGCAUUUUCCUAGGUGUUACUAAGCCUUUCAAAGCUGGUUUCCUAGGAUGGUGACUAAGUUUAUUAUAGCACUGUUAGGUUUGUGUAUACCAGAUUCUUCUGCUUGUGUUCUGCACUGUUUGGACUAUGUGGGUUGUGUAUCUGAAUUUAAUCAUUUUCAGUAUAUUUUUUUUUUAAUGUAUUUGCGCAUUCUGUUCUAGAACCCAUAUAAAGCAUCUGGAUCCACAACAUCCUGUGGCAAGCUCAGGUUGAUUAUAAUUUGCACACAGCUUAACCUUGUUUGUUUUGAUCAGAUCUUCACCUAUUGUCUUUUGACCCUUUUUUUUACAUUGGGCAAGAGAGGGCACAAUCUCUAUGCAACUUCUCCAAGCCAUUCAUUUUGUAGGCCUUUGUCUUAUUUCCCCGAUGGCUAUAAGUAGCCUCUUCCCCAGGCUGAAGAGACUGAUCUAAUCAGUUGUUGAUUAUAUGAAAGAUGUAUUUUUAACUUCUUUUGUCUGAGCUGUUUUCUACUUUACUCAGAAGUUUUUUUGACUUUUUAGGGUUGAUUAGCUUUUUUUAAAGAAAGGUAACUAACCCUUCUCUCAGUAUUUGAAAUACAGGCACAAAUUCGUUCUGUACACUGCCACAAUAGUGUUCUGUUAAUUUUUCUAUUUAUUGAUCCACAUGGAGUGCUGAGCCAUCCAAUUGAUUGAAGGUAAGCUGUCCUACAUCCAGACAUUGUUGUGGGUGGCAGUUACUAGCUCAGAGACUGUGAUUCCAAAAGGAACCCAGAAUUUUCUCCUGCCUGCAGAUACAUAGGCUUUGCUUUAUAUUGAUCUAUAAGUAUUGCUUUUGCUUCUUGUACAUCACAGUCCUUCUCCAGUUCUUCAGUUAGCCCUUAUCUUCACAGCUAUGAUUUAGUAUUGUCAACAUUCUUCAUCCCCUUUUGUGACAUAACUUAUUAAUAUAUUGAACAGCAUAAACCAAUGCAGGUUUCCCCCAGGGAUCUGGAGGUGAUUUUCUGCACUGUGGGAACUGCUUAGGCAAUUUAUGGCUGUUCCUGAGAUACUUGUGCAUGCAAAAGCUUUCCCUUUUUUUCACUUGGUUGCUUAGUUUCCUCAAGAUUUAAGUGAGGGACUUGGAAAUUCAAAUAGACUCUAUAAUUUAGUUGCCCUUUAUCCAUGUUGUACUACCCCAUAUUCUUAAUAAAUUCCAUUAAUUUUGCAGAGCAGGACUUCACAGAAUCAUAAUAUAAUUUGAGUUAGAACAGACCUUAAAGGUUUUCUAGUUACAGUUUCCCUGCUGUGGGAAGGAAGGGACACCUUCCACUAGGCCAGACUGCUCAUAGCCCCAUCUGACUUGGCCUUGAACACUUUCAGGGAUAAGGCAUCAACAGCUUCUCUAGGAAACGUGUUCCAGUGCCUCAGUGCCCUCUCAGUAAAGAAUUUUGUCCCAAUAUCCAAUCUAAACCUGCCCUGUUUCAGUCUGAACCUAUUAUCCCCUUUGGGCUAUCACAAAUGCCCUGGUAAAAAGUCCCUCCCUAGCUCUCUGUAGCCCCUUCAGGUACUGGAAGGCCUCAGUGAGGUCACCCUGGAGCCUUCUCUUCCCCCGGCUGUGUUGCCUUAGUGACAGCCAGGCUGAAUCUUUCCCAUUAUGUUACUUGUUUGUGUCCACUAAGUCUGUUCUUGAUUACAUUGUUUACUAAUUAGUGCAACAGGGAUGUCAGUCUGGGUCUUCCUUGAGGCUCUUUAAGUAUUGACUCUGUUUUCCACGUGUUUUCUUUAGGUACUUUGUCAGCUCCAAGGGAGCUAAAAACACAGCUGUUUCAUUACUGCUUAAAUGUUCACUGCUACUUCUGCAUAAUCGGAGACCCUCAACAGGUUAAACUAUUGAAAUCCCUUUAAACUGUUGGACAGUGAAGUCAUACACGAGGAUUUUACUUUGCUUCAUUGAAUGUUCCUUUAUAUCUGAUAAUCUCUUGACCUUUUGCAUUUAUUUUACCAGUCUUUAAGGAAAGAAUUCAUAGUUCUGUUGUUUCAAUUGGGAGGCUGGGGAACAAUAUAUUCUUAUGUCAGAUUUGUUAGUGUGUAAAAUUCUCUUAAUUUUUCUCCUGGACACAUGCAACCUUUUGUAAGGAGCUUCCUUCCAUCCAGAGUCCUUUCUCUGCAGUUCAGAUAGCUCCAGUUCAGGUAUUUUGAGAUGUUAGAUGCUCUUUAGAGUCCAGUAUUAAAAACAGAUGUUGAAUUUCUUUGGUAAGACAUUUCUUUCUAGCCUUCUAAUAUUUUGCACUUCUUUUAAGCAAAAAGUAUUCUAGUUAUAUAGUGCUGUCAUUUAUUUUGGUGAGCAGAUUCUUGUGUACUGCUUAGUGUGAAAGAUGGGGGUAGAUUGAGAUCAUUUGUUAAAUAAGGAAAAAUAAGGAGCAGUCACUGUUAGUCCUGAGGAAUUGUAAGCUGAUAGUGUGUUAUGGGAGUAAUCACAAAAAUUUUCCUUCAGCAACAGAGAUCAGGGGGUUUUUAGCAUCUGAUGAGGUGGCUGUAGGUUUUAGCUCUGGUGGUUGGAGAUUGCCCCCCCCUAAUAUUUCAGUUUAUUGCUUUCCCUUCAGUGUUAUUCUCAGUGGAUAGAAGAAAAAAAAAGUCAAGACUUUUUCCAAGUCCUCUUUGUCACUGACUGGAAUAAAAGGAUGGAUUUGUUUGGAUUUUAGGAUUGUUCAGUUUUUCUUCAAAAGUCCAGUUGUUCAGCAUAUGCCUUUGUGUUGUGAUCCAAGUACAAAUUUUAAUAUACAGCCCAUUUUGAGUCCACGUAAUGGUUUUAACCAGUCUGAUAGGCAGAGGAAAAAGUGUUUAUGUGAGUUUUUUUCUAAACUUCAGGGAAAAGUUUAUUUACAGACCUGUGUGGAAGAGGUCUGUGGAGAGCGAACAAAGUGAUCACUCUUCAUCACUGUCUCAUAGUGUGAAAAAAUCAAGUUAAUGAACCAGUCUUAAGCCAGACUUGCAUCUGGAAAAAUAUUGGCCACCAGCUGUUAAAGAUAUUGCCCUAAAUAAUUCUGCCAUUUGAACUUCUUGCUGUAGUCUGAGGGCUCUGUGUUCCCAUCUUCCAGAGUAAGGAAUUCUGUCAGUAAAUAUUCCAUUUUUGAGAGACAUCUUAAGUGAAAUUCUUUAGUACUGAUCCAAUUCCAAAGAAUUCCAGAAUAUUUGAAGAAUUUUUUUUUCUUCCACUGUACCCUAAGAGAGGGAUUUUAAUGUGCCUGAAUAUCGCAUCUGUCUUGUUUUGGCCUGCCACCUGCUUGUUUCAUUUGAUGGCCUUUAGCUACUGCAUGGAUCUCCAUGGCUAAUAAGCUGUUUCCCAUCUGGCUUAUUCAGUGCUCAGUGUCUUAGUCUUUCAAAUGCCAGAGUUCUUAAUGUGAGGUAAAUCUGCUACAUAGAGUAAAGAGAAUGGGGCUGCUGCUAAAGAUUGAGGGGAGAGAUGGGAGCACUCAUGUUGAGACCACAGUUGUACCUUUUAGGGGGAAAAAGCAGUAAUAUUGGAGCAAAUGGUUGUCUUUUAAAAGUAGCAUAGGAUGUCUUGCUAAAACACUUCAAGAAUAGUGCCUCUGAUGAUGGAGUAGUUGAAGCUAGUCUCAAGCAAUGGAUCUUCUGAUCACUUACAAAACAUGAAACAUGCAAAAUCACCUGUAUAUACAGCUGUCUCAGACUUGGUGUUGAUUCUUAUAAAAAUACUUGCGUACUUCAAGACAAAGGACUUUAGCCAUAGAAUAAACUUGUGGGGUUUAGUAUGAAAAAUGGCCAAAGCACUGCAUUGACAGAAAUGGGUGGGGAGGGGGGAUGUACAUUUGCCAAUAAACUAAGGGGAAGAUCUUUCACUGUUUUUUUGAACCUUCAUUAUUUUGAUAAAGCUUGCUUUCUUCCUAAAAAAACAAGAAUCAGUUUUUUAGCUGCCUUUUGUUCUUGGAAACAAAUGUGAAACCAAUUUUUUUGCUCUAGGUGGCAGAUGAAAUUCAUAGUGUGAGGAAAGAAUUUCAUAAAUUUCCCUAUUCUUUACUUGAGUUCUUGUUUGUAUGGCACCCCUCAGUGCAGGUGUAGAAACUGGUGUGAAAACAGAAUCUCUGCUUGGUUUCUUAGGGUGAUUUUUGUUUUGUUUCCUCUUUCUUGAAAGCUAAAUAGGGAUUUUGAAAUUCCAUAGUGUUAAUAAUAAGGCCUCCAUCCUUUAAUAUGCACUAAAGGAUGAUGUCUUGGGUUAUAUCUAGGAUGGAAGGUCUUGGAAAUAGUUGAAUUCUAGUGUUGCUAGCUGUGUUUGAAGAAAUCUGACAGAAUGUUUUAGAAAAUACAACUAAAUCUUUCCCUUGAGAACAGGGAUUUGAGAGAUUAUGGCAUCUGAAGCUCACAAUGUUAAAAACCAGAAAGUUUUGCUUAUUGAAGGUCAUCCCAUUGAUCUCCCCAGAAAAAGAAUCUCUUCUUCCACUAAAAAGAUCAUGAAGGAGGGUAAGAAAUCUCCAAAACAGCUGGCUUCAUACACAAACAGAGUAACGGUUGGAAAAACGGUGGCCAGUCCCCUCUCUCUUUUCAAAGUGGUAUAUUGUAAAAGGAAAGUUCAUUGUUAUACUCCAAAGCCUUGUUACAGAAAGAAACUGUGCCCUAAAUCUAGGGGCCGUGACAUGGCAAAUAAAGAAAAUGAACUGGCUUGUGCAGGGAAUCUGCCAGCAAAACUUCACAACAGUCGGACACACUUGCUGAAUUCUAGCGACUCUGGCUCGUCUCAAACAGAAGGCCCCUCAUCCAAAUACAGUGCAUUUUUUUCCGAGGUUUCUCAGGACCAUGAAACUAUGGCUCAAGUUCUUUUCAGCAGGAAUCUGAGACUGAAUGUAGCUUUAACCUUUUGGAGAAGGAGAAGUAUAAGUGAACUGGUAGCCUACUUAGUGAGGAUACAGGAUCUUGGAGUAGUAGUAGACUGCCUUCCUGUGCUUACAAACAGUUUACAGGAAGAAAAACCAUAUGUUUCUGUUGGCUGCUGUGUAGAUCUUUUGCCCUUAGUGAAAUCUCUGCUUAAAAGCAAAUACGAAGAAUACGUGAUAGUGGGUUUAAACUGGCUUCAGGCUGUCAUUAAAAGAUGGUGGUCAGAACUAUCUGCACAUACAGAAAAGGCAGAAGAUGGAAACAUUCAUAUUUUAAAACAACAGUUAAGUAUUUUGUGGGAACAGGAGAAUCACCUUACUCUGGUUCCAGGAUAUACUGGUAAUAUAGCUAAGGAUGUAAAUGCUUAUUUAUUGCAGCUACACUGACAUGAUGGGGAAACAGUGUGCUUAUGUGGUGAAACAGUCCCUAAAGUAUCCCUGAAAUAUGUGCUGAAAGCCUUUUGAGAAAUACUGGCAGAAGAGAACUGAACUGUCAAGCUGUUUAAUGAAACCACUAACAAAACUCUAACAAUCUACUUCACAUUGAAGUGGAAAAAUGUCUAGUAGGAGCAACUUUUACUUCAAUGAGGUGAAAGUGCACUAUGAAAACUGUAUGCCUUUGCUGCAUUUGGGAUUUGCUCAGUUCCUAGGUAUUCCUUUAAAUGCUACUGUACCUUACAACAUCAUCCAUAAAAGAAGAUGAACUAUACUGUCAUGAAGACAAGACAGCAAAACCAGUUAUAAGGAACCAACAAAAACAAUCAGCAUUAAGAGCUUUUAAAUGUCUCUUUCACGAGAGAACUCCAAAAUGCACAACUAUCUUCCAAUUACAUAAAAUACUAAAAACUUUGGGCUAUUCAGUUACUUGUAUGUUUUAAUCAAAUUAUUAAAGACAGUUUUUGUUUGCACUAUUGAGAAACUAUACAGCAAAGAUGCCUUAAUUACUAGUGUUUCAAGAAGCCAAUGUAUUAAGAUGCAAAUAGCUAUUAUGUUCAGAUUGUGAUGAAAAACUACAAAAAUCAGGGUUUCACAUUGUGUAGUUAAUGAAACAUUGCACAUAUACCAAGAUUCAUGUAUGAAAAAUAUUAUAAAUACCUGAAGUUAAGCUUGGGUAAACAGUUAUUGCAAAUGUCAGCAGAAUGGUGAAUUUAUGUCUAACAAAUGUUUUUAUAUUGUAUGUGGAUUUCUAACACAGUAAUCUUGUUCUGUAUCAUUCAAACUACAUGCAAAUAAGUAAAUAUAUUAAAUAUAUCUAUUGUUUUUUCUUUUCAAGUUAAAAAAAAUCAAUUUCUAGAAUAAUCUCUUCCACAGUACUUUUUAUCAUAGAUAUUUAUGUCUGUUGUUUGAAAUGUUUACAGCCAGGUGAGGCCAUGUUAUUCAAAUCAUACCCUUUUUAUACUACCUCCUUUAAGAAACUGACAAAGAACUUUUGCAAAAUUGAUCAAGUUCUAACCUGAUCAAUGAUGGCAAAGUCAUACCAACAACAGCAUUGAGGAUACAGCUAUAAACUUUUACUGUCAUAUUGAUAUGCUGUUCUAUUUUAAUUUAAAAGCUAUAUCUUAAUAGCUCUGAGGGAGUCUUAAUCUUAGGCUUGCUGUUGCCUUUUUUAAUUUUGUGAUUAGAAAGUAUGCUUUUUCAAUUAAAACUUACAAAGUGCCAGCUCUUCACUUAAAAGUAUACAUGCACAGCAUGUAUGACCAAAUAGACUACUUCCUUAAAAAUAAGUACUUGCAAGGGUUAUUUUCAUACCUAGCAUUAAGCAUGUGCACUUUUAUUGACAUGCAGGAGAAAAGUCUUUUGAUAGCCACAAGUGGUUUUUGCUUUACGGAUUUAUUAAACUCCUGUAGUGGUCAAUAAGUUCAGGCCUCCUGUUGCUUAGCAUUGUAUUAGUUUAUGUAUCAUUGUUGCUGACUUCUGAAGGCCAGCUAGAAAUCUGAGAACUUGGUGCUUUUAGUUGUUUGACUGUUCUGUAAACCACCAAAGGUUUUGCAUUUCCUAGGGCAGUCAGUUACAAAGAGUUUCUGGGGCAUCCCAAAACUGCAGACUUUGUGGGACAAUUUGGAGACAUACACAUAGCCAGUCUUUUUGCUUGAAUUGUUUUGCAUCAUAUUUCAUGCUAAAAGAGUUUUGAGAUAGGACUUUUCAAAUGUUCUUACUAUCAAUUAAAUAUCUAAAGGAACUAUAGUAUGACAACAUUCUUGAAUUACUUUACUGUACCAUUGAACACUUAAGUAUAAAAGUAACCAAGUCUGGUUUCAUCAUUUGGGUGGCAAUUGCUGAAACUCUUAGAUUAGUCCUCAAGGAGAUUACUGUUUAUGGAAACUCAGAUUUUUAUUUUUUUUUUUUUUAAUAGACAAAGUAACUCAUGGCCAUUUAUUUCUGAUACUAUAGGAAAGGAUAGUUGUAAUUGAUUAAAGGGAUACUCUAGUGUUUAAAAAUCUAGCUUGAAUGUAGAUUUAGGUACGUAGGCUCAUAAUGAAUUCUGUGUGUGGCCAUAGAGUUAACAAAUCCUAGCUGUGGAUAGUGCUUUUGUUUUAGAGGCAAGGUAAGAUUGAUUUGAGGAUCAUUUCUGAGGAAUACCUAAUAAAAUAAUGCAUUCUUUUUAACUGCCAAAAGUUGUAUUUUGACAGCAUCAAUAAUACAGUAUUAAACAUUGUCAUUAGUAUCUGUGCCUUAUUUUAAAUGAAUUUUUUACUGUUUUCAGGCAGCUACUAGACUGUAAGAACAGGGUUCAGGUGUCUGUAUUAUGAAAUUAUUUUUUCCAUUGUGUUCUUUAUUCAUUGAAACUAUUCACACUAAUAUUCAGGCUCAGCUUCUUGCAUUCUCUUUAGCUCUCAAAUGGCUAGGAAUCAGUUUUACUGUUACAGAAUGUGCAUGUAUAAUAUCUGGUCAAAGUUGGAAUGACAGCUGUGUAACACCACUAAAUUCAUAUAGUUGUCUCAGUGAAUCUAAGAAGUAAAUUUAUAAGCUAUCCCAUGCAUAAAUUACAAUCUUUGUGAUACUUUCUAAAAAUGCUAUUUCUAGGAUGUGUCAGAAGAUCCAGACAGAAUUAAUCCUUUUCCUGUGUGUCCUUGUGAUGCAGAAGCACGUAUGUACUGAGGAUGAAGGAUGCCUCCACAAAGCUAUUCUUCAUAUUAUACCCCUUGAUGUGAAACCGAUGUCUUUGAAAAACAGUUGUCUUUUGCCUCAGUGUUCCCUGAGAGUACUUGAGGCUGUUUUGCUGAAGGAGUACUUUUAAGUGUGACCCAGGAUUUGCCCAUCCUCUAAACUGAAAUUGAAGAAUCCUUCUGGCAAACUGUCUCUUUCUGCAGGGCUGAAAAAAGUCUAAUAUUUUGUAAAUGGAAGAGGCCAAGUUGAGGUAUUGCUGAUAGCUUGCUGAAGAGUGGAAAAAGCUAUGCUAUUAAUUAGCUGGGUAUGAAGAAGUUAGCAUGUCUUAAUGAUCAUGUAUGUCUUUGUUUUGAAGGAACUAUACCUAUUUCUCAGGAAAGAGUCCUCUACUCUUGUAUCACACAGGUACUGCAGUUCUACACUCCUUAAUAAUGCUUACAGAUUGUUGCUGGUAUUAAAAAAAAAAAUAGCAGCAGCCUUCCAAGAGCUUACCCUCCACAGUCAGACAUAAAUAAUUUUUUUCCUCUCCUGUAGGUUGCUUUAUCAGAGGCUGCAAUUUUAACACUUGAGGUGCAGGAGGGAUGGGAGAGAAGGAAAGGACAAGGUACACAUGCCCUGUGCUGAGUGACAUCAGCCCCACUGUAUAUAACAGGCUGUAUUUUCAUUUUCUGGCAUCUGAAGUAGGCAAGUUUGGCAUUAAACAUCUUUAUGCAUUUAGCAUUGAAGAGAUAAAGGUUUUGAAGAUGGAUGCUACAGUGCUAAUUUGUGAUUUUUGAGGUUUUUUUUCUUAAAGGAGUGGACAUUGUUAGUGUGGAAACUUGAAAGUAUCUUAUAUGAAGCUUACAUUUUAGACUAGCAAGUGGUUGCUUUUGCCAGUUCAUCUUGCCAGAUCUUCCAGUUCUACAGAAGACUGAAUGUCUGUCUUCAUGUGGAGAUUUGCAGCUAUUUUUGUGCCUAGUUUUCUGGUGCAAAGUGAAACUGGUGGUUCAUAGUCAACUAUUUCAGAAUACAAAACCAUGCAAAUUAUGGUAUUGGUGUGAAGUUAUUCCAGCUUUGCGCAAUGCAAAUGCUAAAGUUCAUGAAAGCAGUCCAUUCUCUUGAGAGGAGAUUUCUAUUGAGCUGAUGUUGCAUUAGUGAAGGAAAAAAAAUGAAGCCGUUUUUAAUAGCCUUGGUAAAAGCCAGACGGUAUAGUCUAAUUUUUGCCUUCAGUCUGCCAUCCUACACACAGUAAUCAUUGUAGGCUACAGAUAAAGAUUCACAGAGAAAAUAGAUUGAGCAUGCUUGUGUUGUUAGUGCUUGUGUUAUCCUUCCUUAAACAAUUAAUGUUUGUUCUAUGAGUUAAAUAACUUGUUUUAUGUCUCAGAAUGAAACUAAAUGCAACUGUUUUUCUCCCUCUUUCCACAUACAUUCUUUAGGACUUAAUGAUGUUAUUUAUUGCUCAUCUACUUUAAACAUACUAAGAGUGUGUCUUGUUAGAAGUGAGGAGAGAUGAAGAUGAGAAUUCUAGACAAAACACAGGGCUAGCUAUUUAACAUGAUUCGGUUUGAAGCAACUGUGAAGAAUUUCCAUCUUGAAAACUUUUCACACAAAUUUUGUUAAUACCUAUGAAUUGAAGUGUGCAUUCACAGCUCUACGUUUGACUUUUAACUUGGUUGGAAAAAAUAAAGUGCUUUCAUUCUAAAUAACUGUAGCUGCAGUAUUGUUUCUGUUCUUGUUUUUUUGCAUUGAGUACUAAGCUGGACUCAGAUACUAACCUGCCAUAAGGGAGGCAGGAGGUGUAGGUAGCACUGUCCCUUAAAGGGAUAAAAUGGAAAUAUCCACCUAGUCUUCAACUAUUGCAGACCUAGAAUAUUUUUGUUUCUGUACUGACAGGAGUUUUGUAGUAUAUCUGUAUAGAUUGUGGCUUCUGAUCAUUGCUGUAAAAUGAGAUCUGUUUUCAGCUUGAAUGUGUUCCAUAGUGGUUGUGAUUCAUAGGGAUCACUGCUUCAAAUCAGGCAGUCAUUACUUUGAGUGCUGUAGUGUAGAUGAGCAACUGAAUGUUGGGGUAUCAAACGUGUUCUUUGCUGUAACAAACACACAUUUAUCUUUCCCACCUUUUUAUUCCCCCCUUAUUCUUUCAAGUGAUUAGAACCAUUUGAAUCCCUUUUGGAAAGUGAUAGAUGCCAAAAUGUGAUCAAAUGCUUUACAAACAUGCUUCUGACUUCUUUUAAUACCAUUCUGUGACUAACAGUUUCCUGUGGAUUUGGGAAGGAGGCUGUUUUCUGUAUGUAUAGGCUUGAAAUAAACAGAACUAGUGGACUUUACUGUAAUUGUAUUCUUGAUACUUUCUUUUUUACAUAAGGACUAUGUAUAUUGUGAAACAACCCAAAUUUAAAUAUCAAGAUAAAUUUACAUUCCAAAACUGCCUGCUCUUACAGGUGUAGGUGUUGAAGUACAUAUGCACCCUAGUAUCAUACUUCAAAGUGACCUGUAGACAGUAUAAAAUAGUUCUUGUAAUUUAUUAUGUCUCUUUGUCAAAUUGAAUCUUGAACUUUCAAAAAGCCCAAAUUAUGUUUGGAUCUCGCAGUUGCCCUUCUACUCAUUUCAGAUAUUCUAUGGAUUUAAAGACUUAGUGCAGUAAGUAUUCCACCUUCAGAGAAAUAGCUGAUCUUUUUGUCUUUGUCAUAACAGGCUUUCAUUACAUCUCCUCUGCAUGAGACAAACUUCUGCAAGAGUUAAAUGGUUUUUAGGAGGGUUUCAGAGGAGAGUUGCCACAUAAAAGAAACCUGUGGCAUGUUUGGUUCUAAAUGGGGGAAUAGCACAAAUACAGGCAGCUGUAAUGACAGUGCACAUUUCAUUACUUUUGAGUUGUGUUUUCUCAUGUGAAUCAGCUGUCUUAUCUGCUUAGUCUAUAAAAGUAGAAUGAUGGAUUAUUGGGGAGUUGAAGUCUUAGUAGCUCUUGGUUGUAAGGAGCUAAAACUCUUUCCAUGCUGAUGAAAUUGCAACGAUGAAUAUGGACAGGAGCUAUUUGUUGUGUGUUUGGUUUGGAGAGUAGAAAUCUCUUCUAUGUCUGCUAAUAGUACUUUGUCUUGAAGCAUAAAGGCAUAAGCAUUUAUGUCUGUUUGCUUAAAAUUUUAUUUAUUAAAAUAACAAGUUUGACUGAACAGGAAGGAAAAAACAACCUUGCUGCAUUAGUUAAUUUCUGAAUGACUGUCACCUCAUAUUCCAGCUGCAGGAAACAGUAAAUUUACAAAAAUGCAGUUAACCAUCAUGGUACAAGUAGUGAUAAAACUUGAUUUUCAACAUUGUUAGGCUAUUACUACUGAAACAAUAAAGUAAAGCAGGACUGAAGAAAUAGGUGUCAAAUUUUGUUCUGAACCUUGUGUUUUAGCAAGUCUGAAAAGCUUGACUUUUUAAUCAGCCAAAAUGAGUGGUGAUUGAUGGGAGUGUUAAUUCUGUGCCAGCAGCAAGCAUUAGAAUAAGAAUAAACAGAGUAGCUGGUUGUAAAGUGAGUCCUGCCCACCAGAGCAACUGUCUCUUUUUGAUUUUUUUGGUUGUUUUUGGCCUUUUUUUUUUUUUAAGAUGUUACAGUUCAGGUGCUUUUGGCUAAAGAGAGCAGAUAGGGAGUUUUCUAAAUCUGUUAGCUGGAUGAUGGGGUAAUGCUGCAAGAAGUACCUCUGGAAAUACUGUCCUGUGAGUGGUGGCAUCAUUAAUUGUUACUGGGCUCGAACACAGGCACAUUCUAAUCAGGACUGGCCAAUGUGUGCUGUCCUGGGUAUCAGUGUAGGGAAUUGCAUAAAACUGGAGAAGGAGGAGUAUUUAAGAUGCAGUACAAAAACUCCCAUUGCCUCAAAAAGGUGCCUGUGAUUGUGGGGAGACUGGGGCAUGAUGGUAACUGGAAGUCUUUCCAGUCCUGUGUGCCUAAUCCAAGCAGUGAGGCACUUCACAAAGGAAGGCUGGAGACCUGAUGCUCACAGAGCCGUCAUCUUUCCUCACAGUUUCUGCUUUUCCACCCUUCUGACAUGUUGGGGCACAUCUGCUUGGCUGAAUUUCCAGCUCCACAUCCUUGUCACUUAUCCAAGUGAGAAUAAAAUGCCUUCAUAUUUGGCACACCUAGUUUCCCAAGUGAUGUCUUGUCCCUCAGGUCUUCCAGGUUCUCACUGCAAAACAACUUAGUGCCAUUGAACUGUGAAAACCCAGAGGGUUAGGCUUAUGCCCUACACACAGCAACUGUGGAGGCCACUAUGAUAUUGAAAGUGAAGCUGCAUUAAGAGGGUUUGUGUAUGCAUACAUAUUUUUUAAACAUGAAUGGCCUACCAAUAUUCUACUGGCUCAUUAAAAAUGCCUACAGUUCUGAACCUUUGCAAAUGGCAGGUUGGUGACUGGUUAGGGAGAAAUCCUGCUGCUUAGCGGUGAGUGGUUAGUUGGUUUGGGUUAGGGAUUUUUUCCUAUUCACCCAUCUUGCCACCCCCUCUGAGUGCAGUUUUUUAAAUUUCCUGGUGCUAAUUUGAAUUUUCAUUUUCACAAGCUUAUGUUUUUCAUGGUUUUCUGACCACACAAAAUAAUCAGGAUGUUGGGUAGAGUGAGGCUGUGUCAUUCACAAAAUGUUCUGUAAGCACGUUUGCAUUCAUUUCAGUGCAGAAGUAUCAUUUUUCCCUUUCCUCUGCACUCCAAUACAUAUGUUUCUAGUGGUGGUGUGUUCUUUACCAUCUUUAAAGGGGUCUUUCCACCUCACAGUUCUUGAUUCAAAAAGCAGAUUAGUUGCUUUCCAGAUGAACAGAGAAGUUUGCUACUAAAGCUAAAAACCAGAAAGUGGGGGAGGACGACAGACACAAAACCCACCAAACCAACAAAAACCACCAAGCCACAAACAGCAAUUCAAAGCUCAAGCAAAAAAUUACAAUUCAUUUGUCUCUAGCAUAAAGUAGUGCUGCAGCCAAAUGACAACAAAUGCUGCCCUCCAUUUUUCAUUAAAAAGAGGACUUAAGAAUGCCUUUCUGAGCAAGGAGUCUCUGACAGUACAAAUUGUUUGGGAUUUUUAGGGUUAGUGCACUGUGAUAUAGUUGACUUUCUAAGUGAAUAUUUGGUUUGUGACCUCAGCCACCUUACUCUGAAGGGUUGUAAAUAAGAGGAGAACGCCCUUGGAGCUUUUCUUCACAACUGGCAGCUUGCUAACUUCUGCUUUUACCAUAGGGACUAGCGAGGCGUAUUUCAGCAUUUCUGUUUGCAAGAUUUGGCAUACACACUUCUGAUGCUGCUUUCUAACUUGAUAGUUCUCUCAGAGCUCUGGAAAAUGAGCAUUUAGCCUCUGGUCAUUCCUUUAAAUUUAGUUUGGUUUAAACAGUUCUGAUAUCAACGAUUCUGCUUAUGUGAAAGGAACUGUGAGACCUCUCUUCCUUUGUAAACUCACCAAAUCUAAAUCUUGAUUGUAAUAGGCUUCUGGAUUGAGAAAUCAUUAAUUUACAGAUCUUAGUAUCCUCAUUAAUACUUUUUCUUUCUGACAGAAUUGAUUUGUCUGUGGUUCCUUUGUGGUAUUUACUUACAUAUAAGAUAUUUACUCUUGCUAAGAUAUUUUCCCUAUCUUAUAGAGCAGUUUCUACCCAUUAGCCCUAAGGUAUGUCUCCAAAAUACUGCUGUCCAUGUGUUUCUGGUUUAGCAUAAUUGUCUCAUUUUCCAGGCAUUUAUAUGAGGUUGUCUUUUGGCUAGGAAAUGCAUCCAGAACUUGAACUGAUUUUAAUAGUCCAAAAUAAUAUCUUCACUGGUGAUUAGGAGCAGUACAGUUUUUGAUGAAAAUAUCAUUUGUGCUGGCUUUGCAGCAACAUAAUUUAAUUUUAUGGUCUCAACAAUGAGAGACUCAAGUGAGAGGAAGAACUGAUUUGAGUCAGAUGGCUCCAGCAAGCCCUACCUUUUUGUUCCCACAUCUAGUGGUGAAAUAAAGAAGAUAAGCAGCAGUUACUGAUUUAAGGAUGGGUUGAACCCAGCCUCAGUCACAGCUACUGUCUGAUAUGUAUGGCUGCUUCUCCCCACGGCACUGCCAGCAGUCAGCUCUGCAGAGCUGUGGCGUGUGUGGGGCAGCUGCAGCACUGCUGCUCCCUGGUAAGCUUCAGACACAGCGUUACCUCUGGUAAGAGACCCUUUUGGUGAACCCUUUGUUCCUUUCCUAGCUGAACUACCCUGAGAAGAUGUUCCAAACUCUCAUCUAAAGUUGUGUUGAUAAUUCAGUUAUAAAAGAACCUGGUUUUCUUUCCUGUGUGUGCCUGUUCUGGGUUAAGAUGUGACUGUGUGCUUUGCAUGCAAGGAGAAUCUUCUAAUUUUAAAUGCACAAGCUCA